AUGUGGAAGCUUGUGGUAGAUGCUUGGAAUGGUACUAGUGACGAGAACACUAAACAGAAAGAUCCCUCAAAAGUUUACGAUUUUGAAGAGAUGAAGGAGCUUGUUCAAAAGAGGGAUCCUGAAAUUGUCCUAGUAGAUGUUCGUGAGCCUAAGGAGUUUGAGAGCUACAGCAUUCCAGGUUCUGUGAAUGCUCCUUUCAGAACUCAUCCUGAAGGGUUUGGUCUUGAUGACAAGGAGUUUGAAAAUACAUUUGGAUUUCAUAAGCCAAGCAAGGAUAAGAAAUUGGUGUUUUUCUGUGCAUCUGGUAGAAGAGCUGCUAGUGCUGAAGGAAUUGCCGAGAAGCACGGUUACCAUAAUGUUGCUUUGUACCCUGGUUCUGUGAACGAAUGGCUCUCCCGAGGCGGUGAUAAACUCGACUUUUGA